AUGACUAUCAACAAGAGUCAAGGUCAAUCACUACGUAAGAUUGGAAUCUAUUUGUCACAGCCCGUAUUUGCACAUGGACAGCUUUACGUUGCCCUCUCCCGAGCAACAUCACCAGAUUCGAUAAAGAUACUAAUAAACAGCAGUGACACAACUAAAAACAACGAAACAAAAAAUGUUGUCUUCAAAGAUUUACUACACAAAGUUACUUCAACUGAGAAUUUUAUAUUCUCAUCUAAAUAUCCAGCUUACCUCUACACAUUUCUUUAUAUUAGAGAACACAAACAACCCAUGACGAGUAUCUCAGAACAGAAAGCUGAGGGUAUCGGAGGCCCCUUACAUGUUAGAAUACUACGCAAAUGGAAGCACGAUGUCCGGCAAUACGAGACCUGGUACCUGACUGUUGACAGAUUUGCAGAUGCAAUUCAAAUUCUUGGACAGCGAACAAAUCAGAGCUACAUUGAAUAUGUUUCCAAUGUUUCAGAGUGUUACAUUAUAUCAGAUUAUAGCUGUCCUCAAUUAGACAAGUAUCAAAAAGUUCUCGAAAAUGACUUCUAUAUUGAUGUUGGCCUCAAGUCCAUCAUACAGCGAAUUCCAGACACAAUAACAGUUCCAAAAACCUGGUUUCACUUCGUAUCAAAGUCACAUCUGAUAGAACUCGGAGAAGCACCACCAUACUAUCCAGGAGCAUUACGACACGGGUCAUCACAUGCUACACAUAUCUAUGUCAAUCCAAAUAUACCGGAGACAACAUCACUCAUAAAUUUAUUCACAGGACCCUCAAGGCCAAUACCAGCAUUAUCAGGAACUCCCUCAACCUUAUACGACAUGAAACUGAAAAACAGAUCCGAUCUACUGGAUAAAACUUUCAUAGUACAAGCUUCAAUCAAGGAAUUUCACUUCCAAAACACUUGGUACCAAACAACAUGUCUAAUCUGUAAAGAUCCGAUUUUCAGAAGAGGUGACCAGUGGUAUUGCAGUGCACAUGGACUCAUUGAAAAGCCAACCUACACAUACAAACUCACAGUCACCAUUACCGACACAACGGACACCAUACCUGCGAUUGUCUCUGAAACAUCAUGUCAGAAGCUGUUAAAAUCAUCGCUUGAAAAGUUCAUAUCCAACAACCCGCUCACAAACAGAAACAACCUGCCUUCAAUCAUCACCGAUCAAAAAGAACAAACAAAAACUAUGUCUAUCCAAAUGCUCAGGGCAUCAACUCCCGACAACAUCCGUUUCAUAAUAAUUGACAUCCAACAAUCAACAACACCACCAGAGUCACCUGUUCCAACAACACCAGGCCAAACACGGAUGCCAAGAAUGCGAUCAGAUGACGGAACACCUCAGGCAAGUGAACCUCCACGCCCUGUCGCACGCACCCUGACCUUCACUCCACCAGGACCACCACCAACAAAAAUUCAAAAACGGACCUCAAAAUAG